CACAUAAGAAAGAAAGGAAAAAACGCCCUCAAGCAAGUGUUUGGCAGCCCUAUAAAAUGUAGACUUUUAUUCAGGCCCGCAACUUACUCAAAUCACGCGUUUCAGUGUUUCGAAAUAGUCGAGAAAAAAAUCGCCAAUAAAAUUCAAUAGUAUUUUUUUGUAUGUGCUGCUCGAGUGCUCCGUGUUUUGGGGUGUUCCAAUUUCAUAUACACGCUUUACCCUACCCCAUCCCGAGCAUCGAUAAGAUAAGCUCUGAGCGUUGUGGGAUUAGAAAAAGCCAUUACAAAUUGUUCAAGCAGGCAUGGCGCCCCUUCAAAUGCAGCUGCUGUUCCUGCUCCUGCUGAUGUUUAUGGCGGUUGCUGCCGCCGUGGACUGCCCGUCUGCGUGCAAAUGCAACUGGGUGAUCGACAGUCUCUAUGCGAACUGCUCGCGACGCGGUCUGCGCAACUAUCCCGACUUUGAUAGUCUGCCCGUCGAGCAUUUGGAUCUGUCGGGCAACAAUUUUGAGGAAUUUCCACGACAAUAUGCCGAUAUAGAUUCGCUGUUGUAUCUGGAUCUAUCGGAUAACCAUAUAGCCAGCCUGGCGGCAGAUGCGCUGAUCGGUUUCGUAUCGCUGCGCACUCUGCUGCUGGCCAACAACUCGAUCGUGGCCUGGCAGCAAAUCCAUCCCCAUGAGGCCUUCAAGUAUGCGCCGAGUCUGAAGCAGCUCAGCCUGCGGGGCAAUCGGCUUGGCAGCUUUGGCGGCGACGAUGCCAGCCAACAGCUCAACAGUCAGUCCCUCAACGAACUGGAUCUGUCCAUGGCGCAAAUUAGCUCUGUUGGUGGCGAUCUCUUGGUCAAUCAGCUGCCCAAUCUGCAGCGUCUCUCCCUUGCCAACAAUCAGCUUGGUCAGCUGCUGCGUUUGCCGUCGCGCAGCCUGCGGGAGCUGGACAUGAGCAACUGCAGCCUGCAGCGCCUGAGCUCGGCCUUUAUUGAGGCUCUACCCAGCCUGGAGGUGCUCGAUUUGUCGCACAAUACCGCCCUGCAGUUUGGCAGCGCGGAGGAAGACCUGAUUGUGUCCUUUGAGCUGCGCCGCCUUGAUGUCUCCUUCUGUAAUCUGGACCAGAUCGAUCUGAGUGGAUUGCCGGCGCUCGUCGAGGUUAGCCUGAGCGGCAAUCUGCUGCGAACGGUAGAUCAGCAAAGUUUUGCUAACAAUACCAUGCUGGAACUGGUGGAUCUGUCCAAGAAUGUGCUGCGCUUGAUAGGAAAUGAGGCAUUUAGUCAGCUAAAGCGGCUAAAGCACCUGAACUUGGCCUACAACGAGAUCGCCUACCUCGAUCGCAAUCUCAUCAUCGGCAACGAUGUGCUCCUCGAGCUGAACCUAAGCCGCAACAUCAUACAGAAGCUGACGAAGAUUGUGUCCAAUUCGGUGCGUCUGAUCAACAUGAGCUGGUGUGAAAUAAGCUACAUCGAAGGCAACGCGCUCUCCGGCCUGUCGGCCAUACAGAAGCUGGACUUAUCCCAUAAUCUGAUCAGCGAUAUACCUAAUCUGAUGCGCUCGGAAACGCUGCAACAGCUGAAUCUAGCCAACUGCAGGCUAUCUACCAUACGGAACAGCAGUUUCCGUGGUUUCCCAGAGCUGGCGGACUUGCAUUUGAAUGGCAAUCGACUGACCAAUCCCAUCCCACCAGUAUAUUUCCGCUCGAACAAGUUUCUGGAUCAGAUCUGGCUGGGCGAUAAUCCCUGGAUAUGCGAGUGCCAGAAUCCUUUGUUUGUCGAGUUCUACGACUUUCUGACAGCCAAACCCGCCAAGCUCAGGGAUCGUCACCAGUUGCGUUGUGCCUCGCCUGCUAUGUACUACGGCAACCUGUGGGAUUAUGCCUGCAUGUCCGACUGGACGGUGAGCGCGCGCAGCAGCAGCGGGGAGAAGGUCUGGUCGACCAUAAUGCUCAGCAUUCUGGGCCUGGGCCUGUUGGCACUUUUGUACGGGUGCUUCCAGAAGUUGAUGCGUAAGCACAAGCAGCGCCAGAAUCGCAGGGAGUACGAUGAAAACCACGAAGAGCUGCGACGUAUACGUGACAUCAACGAGCGCAUGCUGCGUGAGGAAUCGACGACCACGUUACAGCAGGCGCAGGAGAUUAGCUUGUUACCCUCGUAUGAGGAUGCGCUCCGCAUGCCCAAGCUGGAGCGACCGGUCAAGUCCAUGUUGGAUCUGAGCGUCACGGAGCGCAAUCGCAAGCAACUGCGCCGCUCCCAAACCCAGCCAGACGGUGAAAUGUCCGCCGGCGACGACGAGGAACUGCAGCUGGAUACACGUCAACGAUUCCGCAGCGUGGAGAUGCUAGCCAAUCGCGACAAGGAGCGUCGGGCGCAAUACGGACCGCAUCGGCGCACCGGCUACAUGGAGUACAGCACGCAGUCAGGCAGUCGACGCUUCAGCAUUGAAGACUCACGUUUUCCGGCCGCGCAUUUAAAGACACAGAAUCUGCAGAGCGCCGAGCAAAUCGGCAACUUUCAGAGCUACGAGAACAGCCCGUAUACGAAGCGGAAGCCCAAAAUAGCCGAGAUACCGCCCUUUAAGCGUAUAAAUAUGAUGGCCGACAGUGUGGAGUUUCUCACCGAUCCCGAGUACGAGGAUCUGGGCGCCAGCAAGCCGGGCAGCCCCUUUGCCAAACGGAAGCCCAAGCUGCCAGCCAGCGUGCAGGUCAGCACCCAGGUCUACACGCUGGAGCCUAGUCAGGCGACUCAACUGGAUCCGGCUGUAGAGGAUUACUUUAGCAGUACACAGAAGAGGGCGCCAUCCACGUCCACCAUUGCCAGCGAUUUUCAAGAGCUGGUCGAAGCGGAUAUCGCUUCCAUUGCCGAUGACGAGAACCGAUCAAAUCUGUCCACCUCAUGUGCAGAGCUCGACCUGGAGCGCGGCAAGCGCAAGAAGCGCAAGAACUCGGCGAGUCGUCGGGUCAGCGGCAACUUCAGCGCUGCCGCUGCCGCCGGCGACAACUCGUCCAGCUCCGCCAGCGACGGCGAACGCAAUGUCCAGGUCCACAAGCCCAUGAGAGAGACCCUAUUUUAAGCACUGAAAACGACAAAGCAUAUGCACAAAUACUUAUUUCUUUCAUUUACUAAGCCCAAAUCAUAUGUUUGUAUAUAACUGUCAAGACUUAUUUAAACUUCAUAUAACAAACGCAUCUUAAGUAAAUAAAUCAAUCAAUCGAUCUACU